GCCAACUUUAGGCAGUACAUGACUGUGCGGCUUGAAUAACAAAAAUUUGUUGCAUUGUUAAGUUCGUUUGCGAUUACACUUUUUGUAGUAUAUUAAAAUAAAAUGCCUGUCGAAGACUUGGAAGAAGAGGGUCUGGAGAAGAACCCAAAACUCGAAUUAGCCCAGUACAAGUUUCUUUUGUCGCUACCAGAGCAUAAACAAGAUGCUGCCUUGAAAGCGAAACUACUGGACGCAGUCCGAGCUGACAACAUGGCCCCUUGGUAUGAGUACAUAUGCGCGGAGUUGGAUUGGCCGGUGGACAAGGAAUUACUUGCUCGUAUGCGUGAACAAAAUCGUUUGGAAUUAACAAAGUUGGAUGAAGCAAUCGAAGAUGCAGAGCAAAAUUUAGGUGAAAUGGAAGUGCGUGAAGCAAAUUUAAAGAAGUCUGAAUAUUUGUGUCGCAUCGGUGACAAGGCCGCUGCCGAAACGGCUUUCCGGAAAACGUAUGAGAAGACGGUAUCGCUUGGUCAUCGUUUAGAUAUAAUAUUCCAUCUUAUUCGUCUUGGUCUCUUCUAUCUAGACCAUGACUUAAUCACAAGAAAUAUUGAUAAGGCGAAAUAUCUAAUAGAAGAAGGUGGAGACUGGGAUCGGCGCAAUCGUCUAAAAGUGUAUCAGGGAAUAUAUUCAGUCGCAGUGCGUGAUCUCAAAGCAGCUGCCAAUUUCUUCUUGGAUACUGUGAGUACCUUCACCUCAUAUGAGUUGAUGGAUUAUCCCACAUUUGUACGCUACACUGUAUAUGUAGCAAUGAUUUCUUUGCCGCGUAAUGAAUUGCGUGACAAAGUUGUGAAGGGAGCGGAAAUCCAAGAAGUACUCCAUGGCUUGCCUGACGUAAAAAAUUAUCUAUUUGCUUUAUAUAACUGCCAGUAUGCCGAGUUUUUUAAACACUUAGCAGAGGUGGAAUUAGUGCUGCGCAGCGACUAUUUAGCACAUCCCCACUAUCGUUUUUACGUACGUGAAAUGCGGAUUCUUGCUUACACACAACUGCUUGAAUCCUAUCGUUCGCUAACAUUGCAAUACAUGGCUGAGGCAUUUGGAGUAGAUGUUGACUACAUAGACCAAGAGUUGUCACGUUUCAUCGCUGCUGGGCGGCUUCAUGCCAAGGUAGACCGGGUCGGCGGGAUUGUAGAAACUAAUCGACCGGAUAACAAAAAUUGGCAGUACCAAGCUACCAUUAAACAAGGCGAUUUACUACUCAACCGUAUUCAGAAGUUAAGUCGUGUCAUUAAUAUUUAAAUGAAACCAAUAUUUUUCUUAAACCGAUUUGUAUAGAUGAAAUGCAAAAUAAAACAAAUCACUUCCCCAAA